AUGUCCACCAUUGUUAUCAUCUGCUUCAUCCUUUUCCAUUCAUCAACAUCAGCCUUCCUGUCUUCCACGUUCUCUCAAUCCGACCCACACGAGCUCGUCCGUCGCUCUCACAUCCUUUCCAAAUGUGCCUACACACAUGCCAGACCCGGGCCUCCGCCCCAUUUCCAUGCCCGUAUCCAGAGUGACCGCUACGCAGAGAACACGAAGCCUAUUCUCGUGCGUAACGCAACUAUCUGGACAGCCGCUAAUGAUGGGCACGAAGUCCUCACUGGCGACCUGCUCAUGCACCGCGGUCUUGUAAAAGCCAUCGGUGAUGUUCCUCUAUCAAUGAUUCAGCAGCUCGAGUUGGAGAACGUGAACUUGGAGAUUGUCGAUGUUCAUGGUGCUUGGGUGACCCCUGGCAUUGUGGAUUUGCACUCCCAUAUUGGUGUCGGCAGUGCGCCCGAGCUAGAUGGUGCAGAUGACACGAACUCUUACAAGGCCCCCAUUUUGCCCUGGCUGCGCAGUAUUGAUGGCCUGAACACCCAUGACGCGUCGUACGAACUCGCUAUGGCUGGAGGUGUCACCACUGCGCAAAUUCUCCCUGGCAGCGCGGAUAAUAUUGGCGGCCAGGCAUUUAUCAUGAAACUACGCCCUACAGCUGAGCGUUCAACUUCAUCCAUGCUCCUCGAGCCUCCCUACACCCUCAAUGGCUCUCACUUUGAUCACUCUCUCACCCCCCGUUGGCGACACAUGAAACAUGCAUGCGGUGAAAACCCCUCCAGUGCCUAUGGCAUAACCCGCCUUGACUCUGGGUGGAACUUCCGCGCCGCUUAUAACCACGCUAGAAAGCUGCGUGAUGUUCAAGACGCCUUCUGCGCCAAAGCAGAGUCUGACUCCUGGGACGACCUCGCGGGAAAGACGUUCCCUGAGGACCUGCAAUGGGAAUCUCUUGUCGAUGUGCUCCGCGGACGCGUAAAGCUGGCUGUGCACUGCUACGAAGCCGUCGAUCUCGAUGGAAUCGUCCGUCUUACGAACGAGUUCGAGUUCCCAGUAGCAUCGUUCCAUCAUGCUGGGGAGACAUACCUCGUUCCGGAGUUGUUGAAGAAGAUGUGGGCGAGCACGCCUGCCAUAGCGCUCUUUGCGUCCAACUUCCGGAAGAAACGUGAGGCAUAUCGAGGAUCGGAGUUCGCCCCACGUGUGUUGGCGGAGCAUGGAAUUGAUGUUAUCAUGAAGUCUGACCACCCUGUUAUCAACUCCCGCUACCUCCUGCAUGAAGCCGCCCAAGCGCAGUACUACGGCCUCGACCCUGCACUUGCACUCCUCUCCGUCACCUAUACUCCUGCCAGGGCGAUGGGAAUGGACCAUCGGAUCGGGAUGCUGAAAUCAGACCUAGAUAUUGUGAUUUGGUCCUCCCACCCGCUUUCGCUCGCUUCAACUCCUACCCAGGUCUACAUUGAUGGUAUUCCGCAGCUCUCCCUUCCUAGCAGCUAUUUCGUCAAGGGUCCCAUCACGCCCCCACGCACACCUAAUUUCGACUCGGAGAAGGUGGCAGCGGUCGUGCACGAGGGUAUUCCCCCUCUUGAGCCUCGGAGCGUAAAGAGGGCGCUAUUCGUAAACGUGUCAGGGCUUUAUAUGAGAGGUGAGGGCUCAAGUGGGGUGAUGCGUAUUUCCGAGCAGGCGGGAUUGGUGGGCGUGGAAGAUGGCCGAGUGGUAUGUAUUAAUCAAUGCUCGGAUUUUGCAGCAGGGGUUGUUAGCAUCGUCGACCUGGAAGGCGGCACGAUCACGCCUGGACUGACGAGCUUUGGUGCGCCACUCGGGCUCGUGGAGAUAAGGCUGGAGCCGAGCACGAAUGAUGGGAGGGUCCAUAACCCCCUCGAUGGGGAUCUGCCCGUUGUGUUGGGUAACAAGCUCAUGAGAGCACAAGACGGACUUAUGUUUGGUGGUCAGAAUUUGCUACUAGCCUAUCGCGGUGGCAUCACAACAGCCAUCACGGCGCCCUCUGGGACCUUCCUGCAGGGAAUAUCUACCGCAUUCUCACCUGGAGCCGCGCAUGCUCGGGUUGAUAAAGCAAGCAUCGUUGAUGAAGUUGCAUUGCAUGUGGGCAUAAGCAUGUCUUCAAGGGUAGGCGUGAGCACGCAGGUGGCAGCACUGAGGAACAUGUUAUUUGGGGAGGGUGGGGACGAAAUACUCAGGAGCGUUAGAAAGGGUAAAACCACGCUCGUUGUUGACGUUGAGAGCGCAGACAUAAUGGCAACGCUGCUUCGGCUCAAGGAUGAGUAUGAGGCUCAUUCCGGCAGGGAGCUUCGUAUGACCUUCGCAGGGGCAACCGAGGCUCAUAUCAUUGCGCACGAGAUUGCGAGGGCAGGUGUAAGCGUGAUCGUCACGCAGAGCAAGCCUUACCCAUCAACUUGGGAACAGCGGAGGAUACUUGCUGGCCCGCCGAUCACGCAAGAGAGUCUGGUUACUGCGCUGUUGAGGGCUGGUGCUAAUGUGGCCAUUGGUGUUGUUGACGAGCACAACGUGCGGCAUACACGUUUCGAAGUCGGUUGGUCUCUCCUCACGUCCAAUGGCACUAUUAAUCGCACGAUAGCUCUCGCGCUUGCCACGACAAACCUCGAGAAGGCGCUCGGAGUACAGAGGGAGAUGCCUCAGGACCUUGUGGCAUACCGUGGUGGGGAUGUGUUUGAGUUUGAAGCCAAGGUGGUGGGAGUUAUAUCGGAGACGUUGGGGCGGACAGAUUUGUUUGUGUGA